AUGCGUUCGACGCUCCGCCUGUUCGCUGCCGUCCGGCCGGCAGCGCAGUACCUCGAAGCCGGCACCCCCACCGGCCUGACCGGUCUCCUCACGCACCCCUCGCCGCGGUCGACACUUCUCUACCUCUACAAUUCAACCCUCGAUAAGCUCAAGGCGGUCCCCGACCACUCGGUGUACCGGCAAUCGGUCGAGGCGCUAACCAAGCACCGUCUGGCGUUGGUCGAGGGCGUGGUGCCUCCCGGACACGAUGAGUGGGCGGAGCGCGCGCGCAAGCUGCUGAGCGAACACCCGGAGCAGUUCAACGUGGCGACGGGCAGCGACAGCGUGAGCGGGGCGCGCGCGAUCAAGAUCGAGCGUGGGGCCAAGUCGUUUGUGUUGCGCAAUAUCCCGGAACAGAGAGAUAUGCGGGUUGAGGAGUGGGACGGUGAACUGGAUGAGGGCCCGGAGCUGGAGGGGAGCCGGACGUUGAAGGAGAGGGAGGACCUGCGCCAUAUUUUUGAACGUCGUGAUAUUCGUGAUGUGGAAGGGCAGGUUGAGUGGGAGCCGGAGCCGCAGCUUACGGCUGAUCAGAUUUCGGAUCUCGAGACCAAGAUUGGUGCGGGGUUAAUCGAGGAGGUUAUCCAGGUUGCUGAGGGCGAGCUCAAGUUGGUGGACAGGAUGAUUGAGGCCAAAGUCUGGGAGCCUCUUGAGGAGCAGCCGGCCGAGGGCCAAUGGGUCUAUUUCGAGCGCAAGGAAUAA